AGAUAGAAGGGAAGAAAGAGAAAGGAGGAUUGGAGGUAUUUGGAGGAGGUGAGAAAGAGGGAGCUAGAAGGUGAAGAGAAGACCUCAGAAGGAGACAGAACCAAGAGUGGGAAAUGUGGAGGGGAAACAGCCCAGGGGGUAACCCUGGAGCAGCCACAGAGGGAACCGGUGGAGAACUGGGGGGACAGGGGAACUGGGGUCUGGAAGAUGCCCCAGGCCUCCUGGCCAGGGCCUCCCUGCCCAUCAUGCCUGCGUGGCCAUCGCCCCUGGCCUCCUCAGCCCUUACCCUGCUCCUUGGAGCCCUCACUUCCCUUUUCCUCUGGUACUGUUACCGUCUGGGCUCCCAAGACAUGCAGGCCCUGGAGGCUGGGGGUCGGGCUGGGGGUGUCAGUGGAGGGCCUAGGGGAUGCUCUGAGACUGGCAGGCCAAGCCCUGGGAGCUCUGGGGAGCCGGGGGAAGGACUCAGGACAGAAGGCCUAGUGAGCCGUCGCCUGCGGGCCUAUGCUAGGCGCUACUCCUGGGCGGGCAUGGGUAGGGUGAGGAGGGCAGCUCAAGGUGGUCCAGGCCCUGGGGGAGGGCCAGGGGUCCUGGGCAUUCAGCGCCCAGGCCUGCUUUUCCUGCCAGACCUGCCCUCAGUCCCCUUCGUGCCACGGGAUGCCCAGCGGCAUGAUGUGGAGCUCCUGGAGAGCAGCUUCCCUGCCAUUUUGCGGGACUUUGGGGCUGUGAGCUGGGACUUCUCAGGGACAACUCCUCUGCCUCGGGGCUGGUCCCCACCCCUGGCCCCUGGGUGCUACCAGCUCCUGCUGUACCAAGCAGGCCGGUGCCAACCCAGCAACUGCCGCCGGUGCCCGGGGGCCUAUCGGGCACUGAGGGGGCUGCGGAGCUUUAUGAGUGCCAACACCUUCGGCAAUGCUGGCUUUUCUGUCCUCCUGCCUGGGGCCCGGCUUGAGGGUCGCUGUGGGCCCACCAAUGCCCGGGUCAGAUGCCAUCUGGGCCUGAAGAUUCCUCCUGGCUGUGAGCUGGUGGUCGGGGGCGAGCCCCAGUGCUGGGCUGAAGGACACUGUCUACUGGUGGACGACUCCUUCCUGCACACAGUGGCUCAUAAUGGCUCCCCAGAAGAUGGGCCUCGAGUGGUCUUCAUCGUGGACCUUUGGCACCCCAACGUGGCUGGGGCUGAGCGCCAGGCCCUUGACUUUGUCUUCGCACCAGACCCUUGAAGGAAGGGGCUCCCCUCAGACAUCUGGGCUGGAGAGAUGCUGCACUCAGGGAUGGCUUGAGUGGUAGCCAGGACCGCCUCUCCACUGCAGGGGGUGGGGUGGGGCUGCGGGUGGGAACGGACCAGC